CUCUUUUCUUUCUCUCACCCUCUUCAACCUCCGAAUCUCCAACGUACAGAACAGCCUCCUCUCUCAUAAUCUCGAUUAGCCUCGGAGCUUCGCGAUUCUUAUUCACUUUAUAGCGCUGGCAUCACGGGGUUCGCUCACAUACAUGCGCGGGGCUGUACGGGGUGCAGUUACAGAAUCGGGUUGAGGCGCAUGUUCGAGGAUGGCGACUUGGUUCAAAAUCCGGUUGCAUCAGACGGAAAUCGAACUGAGAUUAAGGAUUUGAGAGAUGAAGUAUAUGGAGGAAAAUGAGUCUUUUGAUCCAAAGCAUCAAGAUUUCUUCUGCUUCCCCCACGCCAAUUAUUUUGUUCUUUUAUAUUUUUUUAUCAUGAAUUGUAUAAUUUAAUCUGUGGAUUGGAAUUUUGUUUUUAGUUAAUUUUAUACCCUCAUCACUUCACAACUCACAACACACACACAACACAUAACAUGCAUUAUAAGUAAUGUCACUACAUGGUAUAACCAAUUUUAAGUUUGAGAAAUGAUAUAAUUACUCAAGGGGUGACAUUCUUACACUCAUAUGAUAUAUUGAGUAAUGUCACUACAUGGCGUAAGUAACAUUGAAUAAUCUAAGUUUAAGAGAUGAUAUAACCACUCAAGGGAUGGCAAGUUUGUAGAAUAAUCUACUGGUCUCUACGUUGUAGAUUGAGAACUUUGCCGUGGGAAAGAUGUUUGUAGAUAGUGGAAGGGUACAUGGUAUUCUAUGCUAUCACAUAUUUAGGAAGAGGAGACUUUAUGAGAUUUGGUUGCUGAAAUGCAAUGGACCAAUCUACAGAUUUAGCAACAUGUAGUCUCAGUUAAAGAGGUCAUUUCCUUGCUAGUUAUCUUGGGAUAUCUACUUCUCAUGUAGCCACAAUGUUGAGGUUUUGGUUGUUGACAAUGGCGGGGAUUGCAGUAUUUUCCUUGGCAAGUCUACCUUUAACUACAUAACAGGUAUAUUUUUCAAAUCUCAUUUGAAACUUAAUAUUUAUUUGGUAUCACCUUGGUUUUUGAGUUUUUCUGCCUUUCAUUUUGUUUUUCAUUUCAAACAGUUGUUUUGAGGGUUUUCCUGCAUAUUAUAUUUCAAACAGUUCGUUUCUUCUGUUUCUACUUCAGAAAAUAAAACGAAUGGAAAUUCAUUUUUGCUUUGGUUUUUCAAUAAAUUUAGCAAUUGACUUGUUUUCACAAUCAUUAGAGACUAAAAAGAUGUUUUCUGUCAAGAAGUUUGCACAAAAUGCAGUCAUCUUUUUAGAACUAUUAUAUAUUACAUCUUCUUUUACAUACUUUUUAUAUUUUAAGAAUGGUGUUUUGCAGUCCAUCCUGCAUGGACUGCAAACACCACAACCCCUUGAUCAGUGGGGCCAGUCCCUGGUUCCACAGUUCUCAUAAAGUUUAUUAUAAUAUCCUCUUAAAAAAAUCUGCUUUAAGUUUACAAUUUUGUACUUUUUAAUUUUAUUUUCAUGUUUUUUUCUUGAUUUUUAAUAAACUUUUUGCGGUGAUACCAAAUGAUUAGAAGUUUCAAAUGAAGUAACGAAAAAUAUGCCUUUUAUGGAGUUGAGGCAAAGGCAUGCUAAAGGAGAAUAUUGUAAGCGAUGCCAUCUUGAUGACACCACCUCAUGUUGUGGCAAUUUGACCAAGUGGUAUUCCCAUGACGACUAUGAGGAGAUACCCUCUUAGACGAGAUUAACGUGUUUGUUAGAUUUGUUAGAUUUGUUCGUCGUAUUUCUCAUCCAA